GCAUAGCAUUCCUUAUCUCUUAGACCCAGUUCAUCCAGAGCCAGGGCCUGCUAGGACAACAUUGGCUUGUGCUCAUCCAUUUCAAUUCCUGCUGGCUCCAGAGUCCAAACUAUAGUGGGGACCGUGGGAAUUCCAGGUACAUUAAAGGAACAUGGCCAAGCGAGUUGCGAUUGUGGGAGCCGGGGUCAGUGGCCUGGCCUCCAUCAAGUGCUGCCUGGAGGAAAGCCUGGAGCCCACAUGCUUUGAGAGGAGUGACGACCUCGGGGGGCUGUGGAGGUUCACCGAACAUGUUGAAGAAGGAAGAGCCAGCCUCUACAGGUCUGUGGUUUCCAACAGCUGCAAGGAGAUGUCUUGUUACUCAGACUUUCCUUUCCCAGAAGAUUAUCCAAACUAUGUGCCAAAUUCUCAAUUCCUGGAAUAUCUCAAAAUGUAUGCAAACCGGUUCAACCUUCUGAAACACAUUCAGUUCAAGACUAAAGUCUGCAGUGUAACAAAAUGCCCAGAUUUUACUGUCACUGGCCAAUGGGAGGUGGUCACUCAGCAUGAAGGAAAGCAAGAGUCUGCCAUCUUUGAUGCCGUCAUGGUCUGCACUGGUUUUCUUACUGACCCAUAUUUGCCACUGGACUCUUUCCCAGGUAUAAAUACCUUUAAAGGCCAGUACUUUCAUAGCCGACAGUAUAAAUACCCAAAUAUAUUUAAGGACAAGAGAGUCCUUGUGGUUGGAAUGGGGAAUUCGGGCACAGACAUUGCUGUGGAGGCCAGCCACCUGGCAGAAAAGGUGUUCCUCAGCACCACCGGCGGGGCGUGGGUGAUCAGUCGAGUCUUCGACUCAGGGUACCCGUGGGACAUGGUGUUCACGACUCGGUUUCAGAACAUGUUCAGAAAUUCUCUCCCAACUCCAAUUGUGAACUGGCUGCUGGCAAGAAAGAUGAACAGCUGGUUCCAUCAUGCAAAUUACGGCUUGGUACCGGAAGACAGGACACAGCUGAGAGAGCCUGUGCUAAAUGAUGAACUCCCAGGCCGUAUCAUCACUGGGAAAGUGCUCAUCAAGCCAAGCAUAAAAGAGGUGAAGGAAAACUCUGUCAUAUUUAACAACACCCCAAAGGAAGAGCCCAUUGAUAUCAUUGUCUUUGCCACUGGAUACACCUUUGCUUUCCCCUUCCUUGAUGAGUCCGUAGUGAAAGUCGAAAAUGGCCAGGCAUCACUGUACAAGUACAUCUUCCCUGCACAUCUGCCAAAGCCAACUCUGGCUGUUAUUGGCCUCAUCAAACCUUUGGGCUCCAUCAUACCCACUGGAGAGACCCAAGCACGAUGGGUUGUUCGAGUCCUAAAAGGUAUAAAUAAGUUACCACCGCAAAGUGUCAUGAUUGAGGAAGUCAAUGCAAGAAAAGAAAACAAACCCAGUGGGUUUGGCUUGUGUUACUGCAAAGCUUUACAAGCAGAUUAUAUCACAUACAUAGAUGAACUCCUGACCUACAUCAAUGCAAAACCCAACCUAUUCUCUAUGCUCCUGAUGGACCCACGCCUGGGCUUGACCAUCUUCUUCGGCCCAUUCACACCAUACCAGUUCCGCUUGACCGGCCCAGGGAAAUGGGAAGGAGCCAGAAAUGCCAUCUUGACCCAGUGGGAUCGAACAUUCAAAGUCACCAAAACUCGAAGUGUACAAGAAUCCCCAUCUCCCUUUGCAAGCUUACUUAAACUCUUAAGCCUUCUGGCUUUGCUUAUGGCCAUUUUCCUAAUUUUCCUAUAAAUAAAAGAUUACCCAAAUGGCUCAUCAGAUGCACACCAUAGAUUUACAGUGCUCUGUUCUGCCAUUGACACAACAUUGCAUUCACAGCCAUAAGCCAUGUGCAAGUGGUGACAGCCACUUCCUGUCCCCUCCUGCCGGUCUUCCUGGGCCUCUUGCUGCUCCACCUGCUUCCAGUGCUAGAGGCAGAUAACCAAGAUUUCGGUGCCUUUGAAGGCUGCUGGAAGGUUCCAGGUUCAUUUUACAAGAGACAGCUAUUAAAGACAGCCCUCUGAGCCUUCCUCUAUCUUUCUCAUAUAAACUAUUUUCACGGGCCUCAACUAAAACUCCCUACUUCAUAAAAGAUUUGGUUGUACUAAAAUAAUCCUCUUGUGAUAUCAGAUGAUUAAAAAUAAAAAGAAAGGAAAAAAAACAACAAAA